AUGGCAAGAGGUCGAGCUCCUACUGGAAAACCAACAGCUGCAUGUGAAAUGACCAAAUGGUUCGAUACCAAUUAUCAUUUCAUUACUCCUGAAAUUGAACCCUCUCAAGAAUUUCAAUUAAUUAGGACUAGUUUGUUCGAACAAGUUAAAGAAGCUCAAGAAGUGAUUGGUUUGGAUCGUGUCAAGGUGGUUCUUGUCGGUCCUCUUACAUGGCUUUAUUUAGCAAAAGGUGUGGAGUUUACAAACGGAGCCGAUGAUUCUAAAAAGCUCCAUACCGUGUUGCCCAAGUUGUUGCCCAUUUAUCAACAAGUAUUGAAACAACUUUCAGAAAUGGGUGUGAAAUGGGUUCAAAUCGACGAGCCCAUUCUCGUCAUGGAUUUGAAUGAGGAAUGGCAACAAGCAUUUGUGAAAACCUACUCUCAAGAUUUGGUUGCUUCUCAACAAGGUUUUGCAUGCAAGAUUUUAUUGGCCACCUAUUUUGGACCCUUGUUGAACAAUGUGAAAACUUGUGUCCAAUUGCAUGUCGAUGCCGUUCAUUUGGAUGGCGUUCGUUCUGGCCAUCAACAACAAGAACAUUUAGAAAAUUUCUUGUCAGAACUCACUCGAUUUGAAAAGACACAUCCAGAAAUCAAAAAGAAGAUUAUUUCAUUGGGUCUAGUCGAUGGACGAAAUGUUUGGAAAACAGAUUUAGAGAAAUGCGUGCAAACGAUCAAGUCUGUGGUGAACCAUUCAGAGUUUGGUCUUUCACACGAGAGAGUGUGGAUUGCACCUUCGUGUUCAUUGCUUCAUGUGCCAUUGGAUCUUUCCUUGAGACUAAACUUGAUGAUGAGUUAA